CGAGACAUGGACGCAGCUGAGACGCUUACCCCGCUCUGUUGAGGAUGAUCUGGAUUUUGGAACGGUUAAAGUUGAUGAUGCUGUUCACACAUCCUACAUUGGUUGUAGACACGAGUAUCAAACCCUGGAUGCAGCGCACGCGCGGCAGUACAUCGGCACUAGGUACUCCAGGUACUCCAGGUACUCCAGCGACACCCGGCACCCCGCGCACUCCAAUCUUGCAGUCUUCUGGUGCCCCAGGUGCCGUCUACCGCGAUGAUAAUGAUGACUACAAGGGAUCAUUCAUCAAUGCUGAGGAAGGGCAUGUUCCGGCAGCUUUUGCGAGUGUUGGGACAUACUCGGUGCUUCAGUUUUCAAGGAAGCUGGCCUAA